ACCUUGCCAGCCACAACAUGCCACGCCGUCAUUUGAUGAGUCUUGGCCGCCGGUGCUGGAGCUGCCCGAGCAUAUAUCAGCAGUACAGAUGGCUGCAGCUGUGGCUGCUGAGGAGCUACAGACACUUCUCAUGGGGCCCGUGGGCACAAAUUUUUAUGAACUCCAGAGCAAGUCAAGCUACAUGAUCAGCGUAGAUGCGGUGCCCAAAUUCAAGCUCGCCCACACCUUCCCCCUGGACACCACGACCACAAUACCGCAGAUGGCCGUGGCCGCUAAGCUCGAGGAAGCCGAUGCCCGGCGCAUCAUUCGGCAGGCCAUCACCAAUGGAAUCUUUACCGAACCUACUAAAGAAACCAUCGGCCACUCGGCUCAGUCUCGCGCCAUUGCCACCGUCUCCUUCCUCCGCGAGACCCUCGAGCUAUUCUGUGAGAACAUAUGGGCAGCGGGACCCGGCCUUACCAAGGCCAUAGAGCGCUGGCCCGGCUCGCAGGAGCCGACCCAAACAGGCUUCAACAUCACCAUGGGAACCGAGCUGCCAUAUUGGCCGGAAUUGGCCAAGGACCCCGAAAUGGUUGGGCGCUUCCGUGACUGCAUGAAUUUUAUUGCUUCCGGGCACGGCUUGAAGAUGGAUUUCAUUCUUGACAACUACGACUGGGCCGCUGGGGCAUCAUUUCUAGUCCAGGAUCUGCCCGAAGUCAUUGCCGAGGCCCCUAAAGACAAAAACCCCAGGGUCGAGUUCCAGGCCCACGACUUCUUCACCGACGACAAGUACUGCUGUCAGAUCCUCCAGAAUCUGAUUCCGGCGCUGAAGCCGGGAACCCGCAUCGUUCUCAACGAACAGGCCCUUUCUGCACCCAACACUGAGCGAGACGAAGACGACUGGCGCAGCUUGGUGGAGGGAACGGAAAGACAAUUCAGGAUCACCCAGACCAUCAGUCCGCAGGGAUCUGACCUCCAGAUCAUCGAAGUCACUUAG